GCUGGUUCAUCUGUGGCACCAGGGCCAGACGUGUGUCAGGACGGGAGGACAAGGGCAAGCGUGAGAGAAGAAGAAGUCAGGAAACUUAUCUCCUCGUCUACAUCACAGUCUCAGGAAUAACAAGGGUUUGAGUUUGUGGGGGAAACAGAGAAGUGAACGGCACCAUGAUGAUGAUGACCCAGGUGGAGACCACGGUCCACUACGACAAUGGCUUCGAGGAUGUGUACAUGAUGCAGGAGGAUGAGUGGGACCGGGACAUGCUGCUGGAUCCGGCCUGGGAGCAGCAGCAGAGGAAAACCUUCACGGCCUGGUGUAACUCCCACCUGAGGAAAGCUGGAACUCAAAUUGAAAAUAUCGAGGAAGACUUCAGGAAUGGACUGAAACUGAUGCUGCUGCUGGAAGUUAUCUCAGGAGAGAGGUUACCCAAGCCAGACAGAGGGAAGAUGCGGUUUCAUAAGAUUGCUAAUGUCAACAAAGCUCUGGAGUUCAUCACAAGCAAAGGAGUGAAACUGGUCUCCAUUGGAGCUGAAGAGAUUGUGGACGGUAAUGUAAAGAUGACUCUCGGAAUGAUCUGGACUAUCAUCCUCCGCUUCGCCAUCCAGGACAUUUCUGUGGAAGAAACAUCUGCCAAGGAAGGUCUUCUCCUGUGGUGUCAAAGAAAGACUGCCCCCUACAGGAAUGUCAAUGUCCAAAACUUCCAUGUCAGCUGGAAGGAUGGCCUGGCCUUCUGCGCCCUGAUUCAUAGACACAGACCUGACCUCCUCGACUACUCUAAGCUCAACAAGGAUGAUCCUUUGGGGAACCUGAACCUGGCUUUCGACAUAGCUGAGAAACACCUGGACAUUCCCAAAAUGCUGGACGCAGAAGAUAUCAUCAACACCCCAAAGCCCGAUGAAAGAGCUAUCAUGACCUACGUGUCCUGCUUUUACCACGCCUUUGCUGGAGCUGAGCAGGCAGAGACGGCUGCCAACAGGAUCUGUAAGGUGCUCGGCGUCAACCAGGAAAAUGAAAAAAUGAUGGAGGAAUAUGAAAGACUGGCCAGUGAGCUGCUGGAGUGGAUCCGCCGCACCACCCCCUGGCUGGAGAACCGGACCCCAGAGAAGACCAUGGCAGAGAUGCAGCGGAAGCUGGAGGAUUUCAGGGACUACAGACGCCAACACAAGCCCCCAAAGGUGCAGGAGAAGUGCCAGCUGGAAAUUAAUUUCAACACCCUGCAGACCAAGCUGCGCAUAAGCAAUCGCCCCGCCUUCAUGCCCUCUGAGGGGAAGAUGGUAUCCGACAUAGCCAGUGCGUGGCAGGGCCUGGAGCAGGCAGAGAAAGGUUACGAGGAGUGGCUCCUCACUGAGAUCCGUCGGCUCGAGAGACUGGAUCACCUGGCAGAAAAGUUCCGCCAAAAAGCCAGCAAUCACGAGAACUGGGCCAGUGGUAAGGAACUGAUCCUCUCCCAGAAGGACUAUGAAACAGCCACCCUCAUAGAAAUCCGAGCAUUGCUUCGAAAACACGAGGCCUUCGAGAGCGACUUGGCAGCCCACCAGGACAGAGUGGAGCAGAUUGCCGCCAUCGCACAGGAGCUGAAUGAGCUGGACUACCAUGAUGUGGCAGCUGUGAACCUGCGCUGCCAGAGCAUCUGUGACUUGUGGGACAAGCUGGGAACCUUGACUCAGAAACGGAGAGAGGCACUGGAGCGCACUGAUAAACUCCUGGAGACUAUUGAUCAGCUGUUCCUGGAAUUUGCCAAGAGGUCUGCUCCUUUCAACAACUGGAUGGAAGGAGCCAUGGAAGAUCUGCAGGACAUGUUCAUAGUGCAUACUAUUGAAGAAGUCCAGAGUCUAAUCGCAGCUCAUGAGCAGUUCAAAGCUACUCUACCUGAGGCUGAUGCAGAGAGACAAGCCAUCCUGGGAAUCCACAAUGAGGUGCAGAAAAUUUCCCAGAGCUAUGGGAUCAAGGCCAACAUUAUGAACCCCUACAGCACCAUUACAACAGAGGAGCUUCUUAACAAGUGGGAAAAGGUGAAGAAGCUGGUUCCUCAGAGGGAUGGUGCCCUCCAGGAGGAGAUGGCACACCAGCAUGCCCACGAGAGGCUGAGACGACAGUUUGCUGCCCAGGCUAAUCUCAUCGGACCCUGGGUACAGACCAGGAUGGAGGAAAUUGCACGCUGCUCGAUGGAGAUCGGAGGAGCGCUGGAGGACCAGAUGACUCAGCUGAAGCAGUGCGAGCACGUAAUCGUCGCUUAUAAGCCCAACAUCGACAAGUUGGAGGGAGACCACCAGCUAAUCCAAGAGUCCCUGGUGUUUGAUAAUAAGCACACCAACUACACUAUGGAGCACAUCCGCGUCGGGUGGGAGCUGCUCCUCACAACCAUCGCCCGAACCAUCAAUGAGAUAGAGACCCAGAUCCUGACCCGCGACGCCAAGGGCAUCAGCCAGCAGCAGAUGAACGAGUUCAGAUCCUCUUUCAGCCACUUUGACCGGAAAAAGAAUGGAGCGAUGGAAACUGAUGACUUCAGAGCUUGCCUCAUCUCUAUGGGAUAUGACUUGGUAUGUUAUUUCAAAUGUGGUUGGAUGGAGGGGAGCUGUAUUCUACACAUGCUUUGUAGAAACAUUUCUUUUUAUUAUGUCCUACUUUCCAAGGGAGAAGUGGAGUUUGCCCGUAUAAUGAUACUUGUGGAUCCCAGUGGUACUGGACUCGUGUCCUUCCAGUCUUUCAUUGACUUUAUGACCAGAGAGACCGCUGACACAGACACUGCUGAGCAGGUUGUGGCAUCCUUCCGGAUCCUGGCAGCUGACAAGCCCUACAUACUAGUGGAGGAGCUAAGGAGAGAGCUUCCCCCUGAACAAGCAGAGUACUGCAUCAUGAGGAUGCCGCCUUACACCGGCCAUGGCGUGCCACCAGGGGCCCUGGACUACACUGCCUUCUCCACUGCGCUCUAUGGAGAGAGUGAUCUUUAACCCCAUCUACUAAACCUUUAACCCACUGACUUUGACCUAACUGCCCCCGCCCCUCCAUCUUUUGAUGAAUUUAAGAAAUCUAUAAGAAAGUUGGAUAAAAUAUGUUGAAUGAAAUGUGUUUUUGUUGAUGGAUUUUCUGUCAAGUGUCUUGGUACUCUUAAAUCUUGGAUAAAAGAAGGCCUCCCAAAUGAAUAGAAACUGCUAUAUUCAAAUUAUAUUGUGAGAAACAACAAUGUUUUCAUGUUUCCUCGCAGUGCCUUUGUUUUGGAAAUACAGUCUCGCCGAUAAAGCAGAUGCUUAAAGUGAAUUACAGUUUGCAAAAGCAAUUUCUAACAAUAAAUGUUAGAAACUGGAUUCCCAAAAGGCUUAAACACAUAUGGUACUAACAAAGGGAAAAGUGGGAAACCACUUGAAUGCAAAAGUAAAUGGCAGAGAACACAAGAGACUAACUGAGUGUUUUGAAGAUAAUUUUUUGCAGGCAGCAGCAAAGAUGUGAAGGCUUGCAUACACAUAUAAAUAAGUAUAAUAAAAAAUGCAUAAAUAAAAUGUCAAGUGAUUUCCCAACUUUCUUUUGUUGACACAUUUGAAAGACCUUGUCAGGAGAAACGCACAUUGAUUUAUCCACAUUUUAAAACACUUUUUGGCUCCACUGUACUUAUG